CACACAGACAUACACACACACACACACACACACACACACACACUAUUCUCUUUUCUUUUCUCUUUUCUGUGGUUCAGUGCUGAUACAUGGAGGGAACUGAAUUUAAGGAAAGCCUCAUCCAGUAGUCCUGUACAUACUCUGCAAUCCGUCGCACUCUAGUUCUCAUCCUCCGCUGCCGCCAUGUUCCGGAACAGUCUGAAGAUGCUGCUCACAGGCGGCAAGUCCAACAGGAAGAACCGCAACAGCAGCGAUGGAGGGAGCGAGGACCCAGGGGACGCCCACCGCACGGCCAGCCUAGACCCUCACCUCUACGCACUCACUGGGCAAGGUGGCAGUGUGGACAGUGACUGUGCGUUUGGGGACCCGGACUACGCGGUGCCACCGCCCCUGACCAUGGUGGAGGGCCUGCAGCACGUGCGCAUGAUGGAGGGCGUGUCGCGCUCUCUCCCCUCCUCCCCGCUACUCGCCCACCAGCACGCCGGGGCGCGUCUGCAGCCCGGACGCAAGAUCGUUGGAACAGCCCCCCUGCGGAAAGCUAAGUUUGUGGAGAGCCCUCGCAUCCCUGUGUCUGCACUCUGUUCCCCCACACACUACCCUGCUGUACAGAGUCUCACCCUGGACACACACUCUCCUGGGGGGGUGAGUUCGGAGCUGGGCCCCCCUCCCUCGGUGGACGAGGCGGCGAGCACGUUGAUGACCCGCCUCGGCUUCCUGCUGGGAGACAAAAUGAGCGACGGGACCCAGGGCCCCGAGUACAGCAUGGAGGAGCCCGACGACGCGCAGGGUGUGUGUGGGACCCAGAGGCUGAGCCCCUGCUCCACCCUGACCAACAGCACAGCCUCUCCUCCAGCCUGCAGUCCGUGCAGCACACUGCCCCCCACCACCGCCGGACAACACACACUCACCAGCCCCACGUCCACCCUCGAGAGCAGAGACAGCGGCAUCAUAGCCACACUGACCAGCUACUCGGGAGGCGGCGGGCGCGUGGCGGCAGCGAGAGAAGCGUGGCUCACCGGCACAGACGGUUCCCGCGGCAACCUCAAGCUGUAGCACUCGCAGCGCUCAACGCUGGACUCGGGCCUGUACCGGUUGGACGAGAACAUGGCCGCCUCCACGUUCAGCCUCAACAAGAUCCCUGACCGCUCCCUGGGCUCCUCUGACCACUCCUACUCCUGCUCCGGCCCUGCCCAGCCCUACCUCACGCCCGGCCAACUCUGGCAUCAGGCCCCGGCCCGUUAUAGUCUUCAGGACAUCGCUCUGAAGCCCCUCCUCUUCGAGGUGCCCAGCAUCACCAUGGAUUCGGUCUUCACGGGCCGUGAUUGGCUGUUCCAGGAGAUUGACGCCCACCUGGGCGGCCACGAGCCCUCCACCAACCGCGGCGUGGUCGUCGUGGGCAACAUCGGCUUCGGGAAGACGGCAAUCAUCUCCCGGCUGGUGGCGCUCAGCUGCCAUGGGAACCGCAUGCGGCAGAUCGCCUCGGACAGCCCGCAGGCCUCACCCAAACAUGGAGACGGCGUGCCUCUCUCUCAGCCCCAGCCAUCUCACGGCACUCUGGGAGGCAGCUGCCCUAGCACCCCCGAGAUGAGGAGGAGACAGGAGGAGUCCAUGAGGAGACUAGCCUCUCAGGUGGUGGCGUAUCACUACUGCCAGGCGGAUAACGCCUACCGUUGCCUGGUGCGGGACAUCACCAAGCCGCUGCCGUUCCACCGCAUCUCGCUGGACGCACUGGAGGAGACGGACGCCAUUGACCAGGACCUGCAGGGCUACAUCCUGCACCGCAUCCACAGCCCCGAGAUCCAGAGCAACAUCUCGCUCAACGGCAAGAUGGACAAUGCUGCCUUCUCCAAGCUUAGCGCCCACCUCAAGGCCCUCAGCCACGGCUCCUACCUCUACCUGAAGCUCACCUUCGACCUGAUCGAGCGCGGCUACCUGGUGCUCAAGAGCUCCAGCUACAAGGUGGUGCCAGUCAACCUGGCGGAGCUGUAUCUGCUGCAGUGCAACAUGCGCUUCCCCACGCAGUCAUCCUUCGAGAGGGCUCUGCCGCUGCUCAACGUGGCCCUGGCCUCCCUCCACCCCCUCCCCGAUGAGCACAUCUACCAGGCGAUCAACUCGGGCAGCGUGCGUGGGCCGCUGGAGUGGGAGGACUUCCAGCAGCGCAUGGAGAACCUGUCGGUGUUCCUGUGCGGCGGCGCGGCGGCAUCGCCAUGUUAUCCCACCCGAAGCUUCCAGGUAGGGCUCAUCUGGAGGGAGGACGGAGAGAAGACCAAGUUCCUCUGCGACCCCAGGAAUGGUCACACCCUUCUAGCCUUCUGGUUCUCACGACAGGAAAAUAAACUCAAUCGCCAACAAACCAUCGAGCUUGGACACCACAUCCUGAAAGCACACAUAUUUAAGGGCCUGAGCAAGAAAGUUGGGGUCUCCUCGUCCAUCCUGCAGGGGCUGUGGGUUUCAUACAGCACAGAGGGGUUAUCUACAGCACUGUCAUCACUGCGCAACCUUUACACACCAAACAUCAAGGUGUCUCGGCUGCUGAUGCUCGGUGGGGCGAACGUGAACUACCGUACGGAGGCGCUGAGCAACGCUCCGGUGCUGUGCGUCCACUGCCACCUGGGCUACGCCGACAUGGUGGGGCUGCUGCUGGAGUACGGGGCCAGCGUGGAUGCCGCGUCCCACACCGGACUCACCCCACUGGCCUACGCCGCCACCGCCGGACACCUCAACAUCGUCACCGCGCUCUGCCGCAGGAAGGCUAAGGUGGACCACCUGGAUAAGAACGGCCAGUGUGCCCUCGUGCACUCCGCUCUACGGGGACACCUGGACGUGGUCAAGUUCCUCAUCCUGUGCGACUGGCGGAGCCAGACGCAGCAGCAGGGAGGCUUCAGCAAGAGUCAGGCCAUACAGCAGGCCCUGGUGGCCGCCGCCAGCAUGGGAUACGCAGAGAUCGUGUCCUUCCUGCUCGACCUGCCGGAGAAGGACGAGGAGGACACAGACCGUGCUCAAAUCAACAAAUACGACACCUUGUGGGGAGAGACAGCUCUGACGGCGGCGGCUGGGCGGGGCCGGCUGGAGGUGUGUCGGCUGCUAUUGGAGCAGGGGGCGUCGGUGAGCCAGCCCAACCGCAGAGGAGGCGUGCCUCUCUUCAGCUGCGUGCGCCAGGGACACUGGCAGGUGGUUGACCUGUUGCUGACCCAUGGGGCCGAGACAAACCUGGCAGACAAGCAGGGGCGCACACCUCUCAUGAUGGCAGCGUCCGAGGGACACCUGGCCACUGUGGAGUACCUACUGGCACAGGGUGCCUCUCUCCCUCUGACGGAUAAGGAGGGGCUUACGGCCCUGAGUUGGGCGUGUCUUAAGGGCCACCUGCCUGUGGUUCGCUGCCUGGUGGAGAGGGGCGCGGCCAUGGACCACACUGACAAGAACGGACGAGCAUACAUUACCUCGCCAAGAUUCUAUGGGGACUCAGAGGUGGUGCAGUUCCUGGUGGACCAGGGGGCGCUGAUCGAGCAUGUGGACUACAGCGGCAUGCGGCCUCUGGACAGGGCUGUGGGCUGCAGGAACGCCUCCGUGGUGGUGGCGCUGCUCAAGAAGGGAGCCAAGAUCGGAUGUCAGACGUUGCCGAGUCGACCGCGAGGUCCUGCCACUUGGGCGAUGGCGACCUCAAAACCCGACAUUAUGAUCAUCCUGCUCAGUAAACUUAUCGAGGAGGGCGAUGGCUUCUACAAGAAAGGGAAGGUGAAGGAGGCAGCCCAGCGCUACCAGUACGCCCUGAAGAAGUUUCCCCGUGAGGGUCUCAGCGACGACCUGAAGGCCUUCAGAGAGCUCAAAGUCUCCCUGUUCCUCAACCUGUCGCGCUGCCGCAGGAAAAUGAACGACUUCGGGAUGGCUGAGGAGUUUGCCACCAAAGCCUUGGAGCUGAAACCCAAGUGCUACGAGGCGUUCUAUGCCAGAGCACGCGCCAAGAGAAGCAGCAGACAGUUUGCCGAAGCACUGGAGGACCUGAGAGAAGCCAUGCGCUUGUCUCCGAACAACCGCGAGAUCCAGCGGCUACUGCAGCGCGUGGAUGAGGAGCACCAACAAACCAUCCAAUCAGAGGAGCCCGAGAUAGCCCCGCCCCCGUCUCCUCCCCCGUCGCCACCUCCCCCAGAGGAACGCGAGGAGCCCGUACUUCCUGUGCACAUCCCGCCCCCUGAGCCGCGAUUGGACGACAUGGAGCCCGUGCAGGACUUGUUUGAGGACGAGGACUACCUGGAGCAAGAGCUGGAGAACGUGUCCAUGGGUCUGUCCAGCCUGCCAAUCAUCCAGAGCCCGCCCCUCUCCCCCGCGCACCAUCACCACCUCCACCACCAGUACCACCACCAUCAGCACCACCCCGACGCCGUCUACCUGUCCGGCGGCCAGGGCUUCGACUUCCACCCGAGCCACUCGUCCAUGUCGUCUCCGACGCGCCAGAGCUACCAGUCGGCGUCCCCGCCACUUUCCCCGACCCACCAGAACGCCCACUACCGGACGAGCUCCCCCCCCCACGCGUCCCCGGACCAGCACCCGUACCGCUUCAGCCCGCCGCCGGCCCACGAGCCGUACCCGAGCCCGCCGUCGUCCCCGCUGCGCCGCAGCGCCCCCUACAGGGCCAGCCCGCCGCUUCCCGAGAGCGUGUGCCUGUACCGCUCGCAGUCGGGCUCGCCCGUCCGCUACCAGCACCAGGAGCCGCUGCCGGUACCGCUACCGCUGCCCGCGCGGCCCAAGUCGCCGCUCUCCAAGAUGAGCAGCCAGCGGUCGUUCCAGCUGCAGUCGCAGGCGUCCCAGUGCUCGCAGUCGGCGUCGUCCAGCCAGCAGCACCACCGGCUGCAGCCCUCCAUGGCCCAGAUCGUCCGCACUAGCCAGCAGGGGGGCAACGGGGGGUACGGCAGCGGGGGUGGUGGUGGGCAGUUGGCUCACCCGCUCAGCAGCCGCUAUCAGGGCGUAUCCAUGGACGAGAGGGGCCUGGUGGACGAGCGCGGCCGCCUGGUGUACCAGCCCUCGCUGGACGGACGCGCCAUGCCGCCGCCACCUCCGCCGCAGCAGGUGCAGUCCAGCCUGAGCGCGGGCGCACUGUGCCAGCACGGCGGCGGUCGAGGGGGCGCGGGAGUGCCCGGCGGUGGUGGCAUGGGCGUCCUGGAGGGGGCGCUGUUGAAGGACGAGCUGACUCCCCAGCAGCAGCGUCCAGCCUCCGCGUACCGCCCGGGGGGAGGAGGCGGAGGAGGAGGAGGAGGAGGGGGUGGGGGGGGUCCGGGCGGAGGUCUCCGGUUCAGCCAGACGCCACAGAUCAGCCGCAGCCAGUCGGCGGCGUACUACCCGGUGUCGGAGCGUGAGCGCGAGCGUGUGGUGGCCUCGGGCGGCGUGCCCGGCGUGUGUCAGAUGGGCUCGCCCGAGAUCCCGCCGCACCUGGGCCUGCGCCGGCCCAUCAGCGCCAGCCCCGGCGAGCUGCCGCUCAAGCAGCAUCAGCAGUCGGCGUCGCCGCGGCCGCUCAUCCACUCGCAGAGCGUCAGCAUGCGCUUCUCCCCCUCCAGCAGCAGCCUCUCCUCGGGCGCCGCCUGUAAUCUAGCCCCAGGCUUCCGGCCGGCCUCCUCCAUCGGCCAGAUGGAGAUCCCCCUGCAGGCGGCGUACGACCGCGACGAGCUGGCCGCCGCCAUCUCGCCGUCGCAGGGCGGGGGCGGCGGAGGCCUGUACGGGGGCGAGAGCGCCCGGUCGCGGAGCACGCCUUUCAUGGGCAUCAUCGACAAGACGGCGCGGACUCAGCAGUACCUGCACCAGCCGUCGGCGCGGGGAUGGGCCAUGACGUCCAUGGACAGCGGCCUGGGCGGCAGCGGGGGCAUUUCCAGCCCCACGUCGCCGGGCAACCUCAUCCACCAGGCGUCGGUGGCGUCCGUCGCCGCGGCGGCGUCCGCGUCCUCCUACAGCCCGCCGGCGUCGCUCGGCAACAUCGCCUACUACAACAAGACCAACAACGCGCAGAACGGCCACCUGCUGGAGGAUGAGUACUACGGUGGCAGCCAAUCGCAGCCGUCCUCGCUGGGCAAGCUGGCCAACGGGAGCGCCCGCGAGCGAGACCUGCUGGAGCGCGUGAGCCAGGGGCCCACCUACCAGGACGUGAAGGUGGCGCGGACUCUGCCCGUGGCACAGGUGGCCUACCAGGAGAACAUGUUCCGCCAGCUGUCCCGCGACUCGCGCCAGGCGUCCACCUCGCCCAUCAAACCAAAGAGACCCUUCGUGGAGUCCAACGUCUGACAACACAACUCCCCCUCCGGGGGGCCAUGAGAGUGUGUGUGGGUGUGUUUGUGCGGAGGGGCUCGGGGGGAAAGUGUGUGUUUGAGAGAGAGAGAGAGAGAGAGAGAGAGAGAGAAAGAAAGAAAAAAGAGGUGGGUGUGUGCGUGUAUAUCUGUGAGGAGCCAGGGGUAUAAAAGGUUGUUACAUUUUUUUUGUUUUGUUUUUUGUUUAUUUAUUUUAAUAACAGAUUAUAGAUGUGAAUGUGGAAAGACAUGUCAGGCAGCGAAAUCAGUUGACCCAAUAGAAGGACCUGGCCUGGAUUCGGGGCCAGAACCAGAAGUGUCUCAGGUGGUCACUGGACUCUGGGGGGGACACACUCAGUAGUCACAACGACAGCCAGAGCUGUAGCCUCUGUAUACAUAACUUUAGUCAAAAGCUUCUCGUCUGUGGCUUAUGCUAUAGUGUACUACUACUACUACUACUACUACUAUUGGAUACUGUAUACGAACCGCAAAUCACAACCUCAUUCUCUACAGUGUGAAGAGCACAUCUAGACAUAACCUCAGUGCAGAAACGCAGACCUGAAGCAUUGUUACAGAGAGAGAGAGAGAGAGAGAGAGAGAGAG